GAUGUCAUGAAUCAUGAUUGUCAAAGUCAAAAUGGUCAAACAAAAUAAUAUUUUUUAAUGGAUAAUAAAAAUAAUAUGGUAUUUUUUGGAAAUUACAGAAUAAAGUUGGUAGCUCCAUAGGUAUAAACACUAAAAACUAAAUAAAACAAGUAGUACCAGUCAAAAUAAGUCAAAAUGUCUGAUAAUAAAGACAUGACUGAGAUGGAUAAAAAUCUAGAAGAUUUAGAAAUCCAAGAAGUGCUGAAAAAUGGUACCGAUUUAAGAGAAUACGCUUUACAAAUCGAUAAAAGCAUCAAAGAGGCUGAGAAAGGCUCCGUAGCUGACUACUUGAAGGAAAGUGAAAAUAUAGCAUCACUGCACAAUCAGAUCGAAGACUGUGACGGAAUUCUAGCUAGGAUGGAAAGCAUGUUAUUAGUAUUCCAGAAUGACUUGGGCAGUAUAAGUAAUGAAAUCAUAAGUUUACAAAAACGUUCUGUCAAUAUGUCUAUUCAACUAAGUAACAGGCAAGCACUCAAAGGUCCUCUUGCAUCGUUUAUUGAAGACAUGGCAGUUUCAGAAACUCUUAUAUUUGGGAUAAAUAAUGUUCCUGUUGUUGAUAAAGAGUUUAUGGUGCAGUUAGCUAUUUUAAACCAAAAAUUAAAUUUUGUUAAAGAACAAGACUUCAAGGAGACCAAGGCCUGUCACGAUGUCAAAGAUGUUUUGGAGAAGUUGAAAAUCAAAGCUGUUUCAAAAAUAAGAACAUACAUACUGGAACAGAUAUACAAGUUCCGGAAACCAAUGGCCAAUUACCAAAUCCCACAGAAUGCUAUGUUGAAGUAUAAGUUUUUCUUUGAGUUUAUAUUAGCAAAUGAAAGAAAUGUAGCUCAAGAAAUCUGCAAUGAGUAUAUUGACACUUUGAGCAAAGUUUACUAUUCCUAUUUUAAGUCUUAUGCUUCUCGACUGGAUAAGUUAAAAUAUGAAGAAGUACCAACUAAAGAUGAUUUAAUGGGGAUUGAAGAUGGUUCCAAAGGUGGUUUCUUUCAGAAGUCUAAUUUAAAAAAUAAAAGUACCAUAUUCACGAUUGGCAACCGUGGCGACGUUUUGGCUCAAGAACUGGAAGCUCCAAUUAUCGUGCCUCAUGUGCAACAAAAAACUAAGUAUUCAUAUGAAGCACUUUUUAGAAGUCUUCAAUAUGCCCUCGUAGACAACAGCUGCAGGGAGUAUUUAUUUACAACUGAAUUUUUCCAUGUGAAAGGCAGCCAUGCACAGGAAUUAUUCGACAGAAUCCUGGGAAAGACAUUGUCUUUACUUGUGAAAAAUGUUGAAAACUAUGUACUAGAGUGCUACGAUUGCCUUGCUCUGUUUUUAUGUAUCCAAUUAAUAAACAGAUACCGUUGGAUGUGCCACAAAAGAGCUGUUGCUGCAUUAGACAGUUACUGGGAUUCACUGCUCGCUUCACUUUGGCCCAGGUUGGAGUAUGUUCUAAAAUUGAAUAUACAAAGUGUAAGAGAUUGUGAUCCAGCAAAAUUAUCUAAUAAGGAAAUGGGACCACAUUAUAUCACCCGAAGAUAUGCGGAGUUUUCAGCAGCAAUGCUGAGUUUGAGUGAACAGUUUCCUUCGGAAGAGCUCAGCAACUUACUGCUGGCUCUGCAAGAUGAGGUGCACUGCUUCUUGCUGAAAAUGGCCGCCGAAUUCCCCCAGAGAAUACAGCAGCUAAUAUUUUUAAUCAACAAUUACGAUAUGGUUUUAAGCAUAUUAAUGGAACGGACGAGAGAUAAUACAAAAGAAGCGGAAAGUUUCAGGGAGCAACUACAAGCUCGAAGCACUGAAUAUGUUGAGGAAAUACUUAGCCCCCAUUUCGGUGGGCUCAUGCAGUUUGUGAAGGAAGGUGAACAGUUACUGGAAAGUGAUAGGAAAAAUGAACUGGCGAAUUUGGAAAAGAAAUCUAUAUCGCUCGUCGCCUCUUUCACAGCGAGCUGGAAACAGAGUUUGGAAGAGAUUCAUCGAGAAGUUCUUGUAUCUUUCCCCAAUUUGGUGACCGGUGCAGGGUUAUUGCAAAUGGCACUCACAAAUUUUGUUCAAUAUUAUCACAAAUUCGUAAAAUUGUUAACACCCAAUGCUCGUACCCAACUUGUAAAUAUUCAUGUUAUUAUGGUAGAAAUCAAGAAAUAUAAGACAAAUUAUUAAUUUU